GAAAUUAUUCCAAUGCCUACAGAACGAGGAGAUUAGAGUCAACGCAUCUUUACGCUGCCCUUCCAGACAUGAUUUCGUCGCGAUCGGCAAAGGCCGUGAGAUUCCACCGAGUCCUUAUCGUUUUUUUUACGUUCCAGUGCAUAAAAAGUGGUUUGACGAGGUCUUCUGUUUCGCUACGUCCUCCAUCUUUUUUGGCAAAUGACGGCCUUGCGCCUUGCUCUAUCACGCAUUGGCCGAUUGCCUCACGCAAGGAGUUUUGCGAGUGCCCAUCGUCCUAAUUCCCUUUUCUCUCCUUUGGAUGACUUCGCCGAGAGACAUAUAGGUCCAGAUGACGGCGAAACAAAUACAAUGCUCUCGCAUCUGGGCUACAAGAGCAUGGAUGCCUUCGUUGACGAAGCGGUUCCUCCUAAAAUUCGAAUUUCUGCAGACGAAAUCAGCAACAAGACCAUUCCUGCGUUUAGCGAAUCGCAACUUCUUGCUAGGGCGAAGGAUUUAGGUUCGUUGAAUAAACCCUAUAAGAGUUACAUAGGUAUGGGGUAUCAUUGUGCUGUGGUCCCUCCGGUCAUCCUUCGUAACGUUAUUGAGAAUCCACAAUGGUACACCCCGUACACCCCGUAUCAACCAGAAAUUGCUCAGGGCCGCCUCGAGUCAUUGGUCAAUUUUCAGACAAUGGUCAUGUCACUUACGUCUAUGGACAUUGCCAAUGCCUCUCUGCUUGAUGAAGCCACUGCCGCGGCUGAAGGAAUGGUUAUGUCUUACGUCUCAUCCGGUUAUCGCAAACGAAAGUUCCUAGUUGAUGUUGGAGUUCUUCCGCAAACCUUAGCGGUUCUUCGCACCCGAGCGAAGGGUUUCAAUAUCGAUCUUGUCGUGGCGGACGCGUUAUCAGCAAUUGAGGAUGAUAUGUUGCGAAAAGAUUUGUGUGGUGUUUUGGUUCAAUACCCUGACGUCAAUGGACACAUUAAGGAUUUUGCUAUGUUCGCGGAAUCUGUUCAUGUCGCAGGCGCUUUGGUCGUUUGUGCAACGGAUUUGCUCGCCUUAACCAUGAUAAAACCGCCCGGUGAAUGGGGUGCUGAUAUCGUGCUUGGAAAUUCGGGAAGAUUCGGCGUACCUUCUGGCUACGGUGGUCCGCACGGUGCAUUCUUUGCUGUAACUGAAAAAUUGAAGAGGAAGAUGCCUGGUCGCUUGGUGGGUCGCAGUCGGGAUGCAACCGGAAAACCGGCCUAUCGUUUAGCAUUACAAACUCGAGAGCAGCACAUCCGACGCGAGAAAGCUACGAGUAAUAUAUGCACAAGCCAAGCGCUGCUAGCAAAUAUGGCGGCAAUGUAUGCAGUUUAUCACGGUCCCAUUGGUCUACGACGUAUCGCCCACAAAGUACAUGGCUUCGCGCAGGUCUUCAAAGAUUCCGUUGAAUCCUUUGGGUAUGAUGUUGCUAAUGUAACCUUCUUUGACACGAUUACCGUGAAGGUAUCGAACGCUAAAGACAUGCAUGACGUCUCUAUCGCUGCGGGCAUUAAUUUGCGUCAAAUAGACGACCACAAUGUUGGUGUUACCUUCGACGAAAGUGUUACCUCCAACAAUCUCGUGGACUUGAUCAACGUAUUUGCGACUGCCUCGUCUUCCUCGUCGGUGUCCCUACAACAGCUUCGGGAGCCCGAUGCCCCAGCUAUACCUUCUUCACUAGAGCGGACAUCGGAGUUUCUUCCUCAUCAGGUCUUCAACAAGCACCAUUCCGAAACUGAGAUGUUACGCUAUAUUAACCAUCUUGUUUCGAAAGAUGUUGGCCUUGUGCAUUCCAUGAUACCUCUCGGCAGUUGUACAAUGAAGCUCAACAGUACUAGCAGCAUGAUACCGCUCACUUGGGAGGAAUACAGUUGUAUCCAUCCGUUUGUGCCUUUCGACCAAGUACAAGGAUAUCAUACCAUCAUUAAGGAAUUGGAACAAGAUCUCGCUAGGAUCACCGGCUUCCACUCGACGUCGCUUCAACCGAAUUCUGGUGCUGCUGGAGAAUACGCUGGCCUCUGUGUCAUUCGCGCCUAUCAUGAGUCCCGUGGAGAGAGUGCUAGGGAUAUAUGCUUGAUUCCAUUGAGUGCCCAUGGUACGAACCCAGCCAGCGCGGUCAUGGCCGGCUUGAAAGUCGUUUCAGUCAAGGUCCAAGAUGAUGGAAAUCUGGAUAUUGAAGAUUUGAGGUCGAAAGCUGAAAAGCACAAAGACAAACUGGCUGCCUUCAUGAUCACGUAUCCCUCCACUUUCGGCGUUUUCGAAGACGGCGUACAAGAAGCCUGCAAAAUAAUUCACGACAACGGGGGCCAGGUUUAUUUGGAUGGUGCCAAUCUCAACGCACAAAUUGGUCUCACCAAUCCUGCAACCUGCGGAGGAGACGUCUGCCACAUGAACUUACACAAAACGUUUGCUAUUCCUCAUGGCGGAGGUGGACCCGGAGUUGGACCAAUUUGUGUUGCUGAACACCUUUCACCUUUCCUUCCUUCCCAUCCGGUGAUGCCUCUUGGCGAGAAAGCUAUCAACGCUGUUUCUGCUGGUCCCUUCGGAAGUUCGUCUAUUCACCUCAUUUCUUGGGCAUACAUCAAAAUGCUGGGCGGUCAGGGCUUGAGCAACGCCACAAAAAUUGCACUUCUAAAUGCCAACUACAUGGCUAGUCGGCUUUCUGGCCACUAUAACCUUCGGUAUAAAAAUGUCAAUGGACGUGUCGCACACGAGUUGUUGAUUGACUUGGCCGAGUUUGACAAGAAGGCUGGGCUGAAAGUCAUGGACUUUGCUAAACGACUUCAGGACUACGGUUUCCAUCCUCCGACAUGCUCUUGGCCCCUUUCCACUUGUAUGCUCAUCGAGCCUACUGAGUCAGAAACACUUGAAGAGAUCGACAGAUUCUGCGACGCUAUGAUACAAAUACGUAAAGAAGCCGAAGAUGUCAUUUCUGGCGUGCAACCGAAAGACAACAAUGUGCUGAAGAAUGCCCCCCAUCCUAUGCAUGUCUUAACUCUUCCUGAUACAGAGUGGAACCGUCCAUACACUCGCCAUACUGCAGCAUAUCCUUUACCGUACCUAGAAGAGAAGAAGUUUUGGCCGACUGUGUCCCGUAUAGACGAUGCUUAUGGUGAUCUGAACCUCAUAUGCGAUUGCCCUUCUGUAGAAGAACUGGCCACCACCUAGACUCUGGACCUUCAUUUCAUCUUGUUUUUCUUGGGCUUUCAUUCCUCUAGACGGCUGUAAAGAUUCGGAGCGCUGUUCAACCAGGCGCACACACAACAUCAACGUACUU